AUGCCACAGGCUGCAUUUAAAAUACACUUGCCCGCCAACAGCCCGACUGUAUAUGCCUUUGUUGGUGUGGUAAACGCCUCCAUCUUCCACUCUUUCCCAAGCCUGGUUACUAACUUUUGCUAUCUCUACACUGCUGCUACUAAAUUAACAUAUUUCCACACUAGCCUGAACAACAUGGACGCAUCACAGCUUCCACGCGACCCAAACUGGGAGCCCGGAUCAAAGAACUAUAAAGCACGGGUCGGUGUCAUGUUCACAGCCUACAUUGUAUAUGCGCUGUAUGUUAUCGUGACAAUGGUCCUAUUCCACAUCCAGUCACGCAAUCCCUACAGCGAGCUAUCGAAGCGGUCAGUGAAGCUGGUCACCAUCCAGGCCGCUGGCUGCUUUAUUAUUGGCACCCUAGGGCUGGUCAGCACGGCAAUAAACCGCUGGGCGUGCUUCUCGAAGCUGUGGAUGUUUAAUGUUGGUUUUGUUAUCGCAGUAUCCGCACUCACUGCACGCGCAGUCCAGCUCAUUGUUGUGUCCCACAUACAUAUUCUAAACGGUCAACUCAUGGACGGCCAGGACAUGGUCAGCAAGAGCCUCUACCCACGUUUGGCAGCGAGAAUUGCAAACAAAUGCACUGCCAUUUCACGGUUCUACCAGGUCAACAACACCGAGAGAUACGAAAAGUACGAGGCUUUGGCUGACACUCGCCAGGACAACUGUUUGUCGAUGCCAAGAAUUGCUGAGAACCAGCAGGUGAUGGCUGAUAUCCAAGAUCGACUGCAGCGGUACAUAAGUAUGCAGCACCUGGUCACUGACCGCGCUCUGAUAUUGUUUAUCGGGGCACUCACCUUUAUCGUCAUCGACAUAACCUUGGUCAUCAACAUCCUCAAUACCGACUACUCCAUCCGCCCGCUGAGUCUCAACUGCCCAUUUGUCUGGGGGCUGGUUCCGGUAUUCUGCGUCAUUGCACUGUUUGUCGUCGUCAUCUGCCCCGCCCUGCUGUUAAAGGUUUGGAGAUUGAAAGAUGCCUAUGGCAUCCGCAACGACCUUCUUGUCUGCGACACGGUCGGUGUCCUGUGCAUCAUUGCUUCGCUGCUGUGGGAGCUUGAGCUCCACAAGAUCCGCCAGGCAUGGUCCGGUCUGUUCUUUGUGUGGAUUGCAGCUAUUCUUAUCCACACGUCAUCGGUGGCAAUUCCGCUAUAUCGAGCCAGCCGCCAUUCAAAGCGCGUUGAGAACCAGAUGUAUUCAGAGAGCACAACAAGCUCAAUAGCUUCUAGCUUUUCAGCGCUUGGGCCGCGUCCUAGCAUCAGGGCCCUGGGACGAGUUCGUCGGGUAGAGUUUAGGCAGAUGAUGGACAGCCCCCAUGCCUAUAGCAAGUUCCGCGAAUUCACUGCCACAUGCUUCAGCUCCGAGCUCACUGCGUUUGUAGACGAGUACCAGUCGUUGAAAACUGCGACUGUGUUUGCGCUGAACAACCAGCACUGCCAACCAACGACCCUCGAACAGAGCAUUGGUAACUUGAUGCUCAGCGAUGACCAGAGUAUCAACCUUGGUCCACCCGAGCAUGGUGCUGUCUCUGCCCCUCGUCACGGAGCCAAGGGCGGCCCUCACCGGGUUGCUAAAGCCCAGCCACUCAAUCUCAAUACCAGUGCCACCAUCAGCAUUCUUGAGACAGCCAAGGCCGUGUACUCGCAUUACGACAUCAGCGAGUCCACUUUAUUCCCAUCGGUUGUGCUGGACAAGCUAGUCACCGUGUUUUCGGUGUACAUCAACUCGCAGUCUCCAAUGGCGCUCAACCUCCCCAGGCAAUGA